AUGACCGACGCAGCAAAGAAAGUCCUUAUAUCUGGUGGCACUGGCUUUGUAGGCUCGGCCAUAGUGCGGGCUCUUGCAGAAAAACACCCAAAAUUUGUCAUCGCCAUCAUCGACCAUAGUCCCCCACGAUCCGAGCACAUCCUUCCAAAGAGAACUACGUGCAUGCAGGUGGAUAUUACUUCAACUGAAGCAUUAAGCAAAGCAUUUGAAGUUGUGAAACCAGAUAUUGUUGUCCACGCUGCUGGAAUCGUCCCAGAUUUGGCCGAACGGUUCGGCCGCCGACUUGAGCAGGAGGCUGCUGCAGAAGCACUCGUUCUAAAGUCCUCCAGCAGCAAAAUGGUGACAUGUGCCCUCCGACCAUCGGUGCUCUGCGGACCAGGAGACUACCAGCUAGUACCAUCUAUCCACGCAUGCAUCGCCAAAUAUGAAACCCCGUUUUUUAUCGGAAAUAGCUUCAAUUUGUGGGAUAUCACCCACGUUGACAAUUCCGCCGACGCUCAUAUCCUGGCUAUAGAGAAUCUGCUAUCAUCCCGCACCGCUGCAGGCGAGGCCUUUUUCAUUCAGAAUAACGAACCUAUCGUCUUCCGCAAUUUUUGUCUGGCGAUCUAG